AUGGCGACCACAGGCAAAAACGCUUUAAAAUAUCAACCCACAGAUUGGUUCAUUAACUCAUUUGCUAUUAGUGCAAAUUCGCAACGUCAACGUGAUGCUUCGCACCAAGUCAGACAGGAAACCAGAGCCAUGCGACUCGCGGCUGGAUUAAGGACUAAAUGGGAUGAGUUUAAUAAUACUACGCGCCUGGCUGACAGGAUUGACGCUAUACGAGAUGUGAAGGAUAUAUUGGAACUAGUGAAGUCACAAGUGGAUGACGAAUUGAAGAUGGUGCAAUUAGGAAAAGAUGCUCUUGAAGAGGAAAUGAAAAAUCUGCAGAUUCCUAGAGACUGCGUGACAGAAUCCUUGACUUUAAGAGAUAAAAGGAGGGCUACAGACUUUGUAGAAGAUUCCGCUGAAGUAGAGCUAAGGAAGGAACGUGAACUUAUUGAUAAAUCUACUAGAAGACUACAGCAGAAGAUUGAUGAAGCGUUUGAACAAAUGCUGCUACUCAAAGAAGCACGAAACCAGCUACUUAUAGAUUUGCAGGAUAAAAAUGAAGCACUGGACAUAGACAUAUCGCAGUACAAACUACGCCCCGAUUGUCCGGGUGUCUCAUUCAAGCCUAAUGCCACUAGAAUACCGGCUGGGUAA